AUGAAGGCCAUUGUUGCAGCGCUGGCCAUUGGCCAGACUGGCGUAGCAGCAAGAAAGUUCCGGACUUCAAAGCCAGCCGACCCAGGAAAUGUGCUGAUGACAGGGUAUACUAUCGGUAAUGGAAGACAAGGAGGCUUACCGUUGGGAAUACCUGGCGACGAUUUAUUAUGUCUGAACGAUGAUAGCGUAUGGCGCGGUGGCCCGUUUUCAAAUUCGAGCUAUACAGGGGGGAAUCCUUCAUCGUCGCUGGCUCAUUUCUUACCUGGAAUCCAGGAGUUCAUCUUUCAGAAUGGAACAGGAGACGAAUCCGCAUUAUACGGCGGCUCCUCUGAUUACGGUUCUUACGAGGCUCUCGCCAAUCUCACAGUCUCUAUCGCCGGCGUGACCAAGUACUCCAAUUACAAGCGGACGCUGGACCUGGAGACGGCAUUGCAUUCUGCAGAAUUUACUGCAAAUGGAGCCUCAUUCCAGACUGUUCAAUUCUGCACCUUUCCCGACCAGGUCUGUGUCUAUCAUGUCAGCUCCAACAAGCCGCUGCCCGACAUCACAUUUGGCCUAGUCGACAAUUAUCGAACAAACCCGGCUUCUACCGUACAAUGCUCUUCCAGUGGCAUUUGGCUGAGCGGACGAACCGUAGCCGAUGACGGCGAAGGGCUCAUCGGGAUGAAAAUCGAUGCCCAGGCCUCUGCGCUCUCUUCCAGUGGGCUCAAGGCAACAUGCAAUAGCAGAGGCCAGACGGUGCUCAGCACAAAGUCUGUCAAAUCUGCCACCAUUGUCGUGGCUUCAGGCACGGAAUACGACGCAGAGAAGGGCAACGCUGCCAAUAACUAUUCCUUCCGCGGAGCAGACCCGCAUCCCGGCGUUGUGAAGACAAUCAACGCAGUGUCUAAGAAGAGCUAUAACGCAAUCCUUCAGAGACACGUUGCUGACCAUGGCGAGUGGUUCAACAAGUUUACUCUGGAUUUGCCAGACCCCAAUAACUCUGCGGAAGUCGACUCCAUGGAACUGCUCACAAAUUACUCGACGGAUAAGGGUGACCCCUUUGUCGAAGGUCUGCUAAUCGACUACGGAAAGUACAUGUUUAUUGCCUCAUCUCGACCUGGGUCCCUGCCCCCGAAUUUGCAGGGUUCGUGGGCUCCUGAUGGCAACCCGGCAUGGAGCUCGGACUACCAUAUCGAUGUGAAUGUGCAGAUGAACCACUGGCAUGUCGAAAAGAUGGGUCUGGGAGGUCUCACCGAUCCUUUGUGGGAUUUCAUGACCUACACUUGGGUUCCCCGUGGGACAGAGACGGCCAGACUGUGGUAUAAUGCCAGCGGCUGGGUUGCCUUUACAAAUACCAACAUUUUCGGCCAUACAGCGCAAGAAAACGACGCAACUUGGUCGGAUGUUGCACAUGAUAUUGCUUGGAUGAUGGCACAUGUGUGGGAUCGCUAUGACUAUGGCCGUGAUAAAAACUGGUAUGCUUCUGUUGGCUACCCCUUGAUGAAAGGCGUGGCCAGCUUCUGGAUGGAUUUGCUUGUGCAAGACGACUACUUCAAGGAUGGCACCUUGGUCGCCAAUCCUUGCAAUUCUCCAGAGCACGGCCCUACGGGGUUUCAGACCUUUGGAUGUGCUCAGUUCCAGCAAGUGAUUUGGGAACUGUUUGACCACAUCAUCAAAGACUGGAAUGCAUCCGGUGAUAGGGAUGCCAGCUUCUUGAAGCGGCUCAAAGAGUCGUAUGGCAAGCUUGAUCCAGGCGUCCAUGUUGGAAGCUGGGGACAGAUCCAAGAAUGGAAACUGGACAUUGACGUCAAGAACGACACUCAUCGCCAUCUCUCUCACCUCUACGGCUUUUACCCCGGCUAUGUCAUUUCCAGCGUCCACGGCGACAACAAGACAAUCAUGGACGCCGUCGCCACAAGCCUCUACUCUCGCGGAAACGGCACAGACGACUCCAACACCGGCUGGGAAAAGGUGUGGAGAGGCGCGUGCUGGGGCCAGCUGGGCGUCACCGACGAGGCUUACAAGGAGCUCAAGUACACCAUCGACAUGAACUUUGCGGCAAACGGCCUCUCGGUGUACACCGCCGGCAGUUGGCCCUAUGAGCUCGCUCUGCCGUUCCAGAUUGACGCAAACUUUGGCCUUUCGGCAAAUGCGCUGGCGAUGCUGUACACGGACCUGCCGAAGAAAUGGGGAGACAACAGCGUGCAGAAGGUGAUUCUCGGCCCUGCGAUUCCGGCAGAAUGGGCUGGUGGCAGUGUCAAGGGGGCGAGUCUCAGGGGCGGCGGCACGGUGGACUUUGGCUGGGACGACGAUGGAGUUGUGAACAAGGCGGUGCUGCAUGGGAGGAGUUUGCCGGUUGUGGUGGUGAAUAACAAGGGCAAGGUGCUGGCAAGGCAUUGA